AUGAUCUCACUUGCUGCCCUCACCACGCUCUGUCUGGCAUUCUUGGGCACCCAGGCUUUACCUACUAACUCUACUCUUGAGCGACGUGCAGCGACUGUCUACGACAUUGUGAACGCCCUCGACGCUGCGGGUGCCAAAGGCACUUUCUUCGUCAAUGGCAACAACUGGGGCUGUAUAUACGAUCAGGCUAAUGUGGACCGUGUCAAAUACGCAUACAACCAUGGACACCAGCUUGCCUCGCACACAUGGGCGCACAAGGACCUGAACACGCUUACAUGGGAUCAAAGCGAGCCUUCAGUUUAG